AUGGACCCCGCAAUUCAAGCAGGCAUUUUCCGACACCCGCGCCCAAAAGUUUCCGUCCUCGCAAGCGCAAACCGUGUAUCGAAAAGACGGAAAACCGACCACAAGAUUGAGGAAAUCUCGUUUGACAACGAUUCGCGAGCCGACUAUCUGACAGGGUUUCACAAGCGGAAGGUUGCCAGGGCGAAACAAGCUAAAGUUGAAGCGGAGAAGAAAGAGAAGGAGGAGCGGAUUCAGAUUCGGAAACAGCUACGCGAAGAGAGGAAACAGGAAUUGGAGGAACAUGUCGAGGCUGUCAAUCGAUUGUUGCAAGAUAUGGAUGAACCAACGAAGUUAGGAUUUGAUGAUGAGGGAGACUGGGAAGGAAUUAAGGACGACGAUUUAAGCAUUGGAGCCGUUGAACCUAUCGAUCGCGAACAAGAAUAUGUGGACGAAGAUCGAUAUACAAUUGUGACAAUUGAGGCAGUGGACAUUACCAAAGAUGGGUUAUCAAAGGUCGAAGAAGCCGGAAGUGAUACGGAUGAAGCGCCAAAAGUAGUGCAAACCGAAGAGAGGGUGAAAAAGACAUGGCCAAAAAAGCCACGCAAGAAGAAGUUCACUUAUGAGACCAAGACAGAAAGGAAGCUCACACGGGGUAAGCAGAAGGCUGGUAACAAGGCAAAAGCAGAUGCUCGUCGAGGGAAUGGUUGA